AUGAAUAGAAUUGUAUUAUUAUUUUUGCUUUUUAAAAGUGUAAAAAUUGUUCAAAAUUCUGAAGAUUAUAGUGAUAAUAAUAAUAAUUGUAAUGAUGUUUCGGUUGAAUGCAAAAUUAUUGCUAUAAAAUGUUUAUCGCCAAAUCGGGUUGAACAGAAAUUGAUGGAAUUAGCAUGUCCCAUGACAUGUGGUUACUGUAAUGGUGAGUUAUUUAAAUGUAUUAAGAUUAUUUGUUAUUUACAGAACCCUUCGAAACUUCAACUGAAGUUUUAACAACUUCAACUACUACCACGACCACAACAACUCAACCUCCAUUUAUUGUAAGAUCUCGUUGUUAUGAUGAAUCAGAUGAUUGUGAGAAAAGAUCGAAAUUUUGUACAAGACGAUUAUAUCGAAGAAUGAUGAAUAUUCAAUGUGCUAGAACUUGUAGAUUUUGUAUUCCGGAAGAUGAAAUUUUGAAGCCUGGAGAAGAUGAAGAUGAGGAUUUGGAUAUUAGCCGAGAAAUGCAUAUCAGAACUUUGAAUUCUAGUUAGUUUCUUUUUUUGCUUCUCAAUUUAAUUUAUCCUAACCUAAUACAUUUCAUUCUAGAACUUGGAAGAGAAACAGUCGAGAAGUUGAAAAAGAUGAGAAUUGUCGAUAAUGUAUUAUCGCUUGUCAAAAAACCCUCAACCACAUCUACUCCUCCUCAAUGUGUUGAUCGAGCCAAUGAUUGCUCGAAAACUGCGAAACUUUGCAAGUCUCGGAAAUAUAUUCACAUCUUUCGAAAAUUAUGCGCAAGCACAUGUAAUUAUUGCGAAUUUUCAACAGUUCAAUAUUUUUCGGACACUCCUAUAUCAGUUUUGGAUUACAUUGAUGAUGAAGAAGAUCUAGACGAAAUUGAAUCUAGCUGA